UGCGCUCGAGCGGUGUGGCCACGACGUACGUGCGUUGGUGUAAACCCUCUCAUUGCACCGUCGGUGUUGGAGAGCCCAUCAGUCACACAGCACGGUGUAGGUGGACGACAGCAAACGGAUAAAAACAAAUCUAUAUCGGGAAAGCCCCAGCUGUCAGCAGCAGAAACCUGAACAGGUGGCUCCUUCAGUGUCUUAGCAGACCCUCAACAGCUUGUCUCGCUCGCUAAUCUGCCCUCUGACGACAGCGCAUUUACGCGUAAAACCAGGUGUACGGCAGGUUCGGGUAGGUGGAUCUGAUCAGUCAUCAGGAUUUACUCGUCAGUGUUGAUACGGUGUUCAUCACGAAGCGGGACUUGUGGAAGUGCGUCUUGGUUUUGAGGCUGAACUGACAGAGUUGGAUACAAUGAGUCUCUCUUGGAUUUUAUAAUCUCUCUCGUGUGUUUGGACAGUCAAGCAGCUGUAAAGACUGAAAUUGAUAACGCAUCAUGUUGCCAGAAAUAAAUAACAAGACAUCACGACCUGAGGCCUUCCCUCACCCUCACAGACUCCCAGCAGAAGGCAAUCGUCUUGGAACAAACCGACCCUGCUCACAGAAGUUUGGCUCUGGUGUAGGGACCUUGCCUCAGCUAGAGCCACCAGUGGUCCAGGUGGUGGUCAGCAAUGCCAAAAACCAACACCAGCAAACAGACAACAUCCUGCCCCAAAUUGCCAACAAAGGGGGCCAAAACAACUAUCAGACACACCCGGAUGAGAGGCCGAAGCCCACCCAGCAGUUCACCAUGCGGUUUGGUGCAGCAAUGGAUAAAGUGUCAGUCUCCCGCAACAGCAAGAAUUUCAGCAACAAGGUGGAGAAAGAGAAGGCGUAUGAGGGACAAAGACUACCCAUGUCUCCCAUCGAGGCACUGAAGAACUUCCAGGACCGUCUGACUGAGUUUGAGCAGGAGGAAAUCAUGGACUAUUCAGAGAUCUGGUUCCUGGGUCUGGGCUCUCAGAAGAUUGAGGGUUCCCAAGGCUCACCACAGAACUCCGGAUAUGAUGACGAGCAUGGAAGUUACAUCAGGGUGCUGCAUGACCAUAUUGCCUAUAGGUUUGAAGUACUUGAAGUGAUUGGGAAAGGCUCCUUUGGGCAGGUCCUGAAAUGUUUGGACCACAAGAACAACGAACUUGUAGCCAUUAAGAUGAUACGCAAUAAGAAAAGGUUUCAUCACCAAGCUCUAGUCGAGCUGAAGAUCCUGGAUGUAAUCAAGAGGAAAGACAAAGACAACCUCCACAACGUCAUCCACAUGAAGGAGUACUUUUACUUCCGAAAUCACCUUUGCAUCUCGUUUGAGCUGCUCGGGGUGAACUUAUACGAACUCAUCAAGAAAAACAACUUCCAGGGCUUCAGUCUCGCUCUCAUCCGUCGGUUCGCCCAUGCUCUGCUCAGGUGUCUGCAGAUGCUGCACAGGGAGAAGAUAAUCCACUGUGACCUCAAACCGGAGAACAUCCUUUUGUCUCAGAGAGGGCCAGGAAACAUCAAGGUGGUUGACUUUGGAUCAAGCUGUUAUGAACAACAAAGGGUGUACACCUACAUCCAGAGCCGCUUCUACCGCUCUCCAGAGGUCAUCCUGGGUCACCCCUACAGCAUGGCCAUUGACAUGUGGAGUCUAGGCUGCAUCCUAGCUGAGCUCUACACAGGCUAUCCUCUCUUUCCAGGAGAGAGCGAAGUGGAACAGAUAGCUUGCAUAUUAGAGGUUCUUGGAAUGCCUCCAAAUGAUUUUGUUCAGUCGGCAUCAAGGAAGAGGUUGUUCUUUGACUCAAAAGGAAACCCCAGGAACGUCACUAAUAGCAAGGGGAAGAAACGGAGACCCAACUCCAAGGAGCUGUCAGCUGCAUUGAAAACGAAUGAUGUUUUGUUCUUAGACUUCAUCAAACGUUGCCUCACUUGGGAUCCAACUAAACGUAUGACUCCUGAUGAGGGGCUACAGCAUGACUGGAUCCUGGAGGGAAACUUCAACAAGGUACGGCCCAGAACCAGGCCAACAGUGAAGAAGUCUACAGACAGUUCGACCAGCACUGAGAACAGCAGUGACCACAGUUACCGCAAACAAGCCAACAGCAGGCCUGCAGAGAGGGUUAGCUCAGAGAGCAACACUAACGACAGGCUGAAGAGAGACGGUUCCGCAACAGGGUCAAAGAUGGCUCCUGCCGAGCGUCUGCGGCCCAUUGGGGCUUCAGCGGAGGAGGAAAUGUGUGAGGGUGAGGGCAAGCUCUCUGCGGAUACCAAGCAGAGAGAAGGAGGUGGAGAGAGGCCUGUUCACAUCAUCAUCAAGCCUCAAGAGGAAAUUGGCACAGAGAGAAAAGAUAGCCAGGAACCAUCUCACUGUUUGCCUCCUAUCAUCUAACAGUCAGAAGGAAUCAUGCUGCAUUCAUGGCAAGUGGGAACUGGGAAUGUUAAGACUCACUGUCCCACUUACCACCUAAGAGUGAUUGAGGUGUUGAAGAGGAUUUAAAUGGAAACUUGAAAGAAAGUUGCAUCUGUUUGGCUGCUUUCAAAGCAAAUAUCACAUUCAUCAAUUCAACAAUUCCAGGACUAUUAGUUAAUAUUAAAGUCCCUUCAUGCUGUUAGUUAUCAGUUGCUACAAACACUGAUGUGUUGCUUUUUUGUGUCGACAUGACAACACAGAGCAACAUGUUUGAGAAGUCAGAGGCACAGAAAAGUCUGAGUUCAUGAGUAGGAAUUUCAGGUUGGAGGACAGCUCAGUUCCCACAUGCCGUGAACAAAAUAUAAUCUUAGAUAAUGGGGAUGAUGUGUGUAUCAUCAGCAAAGAGGAGCAUCUUCUAUUUAUUGUUUUAAGUAUAAAAUCAAAGUGUAUUGUUUUUUUUUCUGUGAGACUUCGAGUUUGUAUGGCAGUGACGUAUAUCAGUCUGUUGUACUUUUUUUAUAAAGGAGUUGAGAUGUGGUGCAGGCAGGCAUUUUGUGUUACAGCUGAGACACCGAACUGUCUGCCACAUGACAAUCCUCAGAACAAAUGGUUAAAAACCUCAUUCAUGGUACAGCAUUAACUUUUUUGCUCUCAUUGUCAUCUGUAUUAUUUAUUGGACCCAGUCUUUGCUGUGCAUUGAAAUUUCUGAUAAACAGGUUAGACUUUAAACACCACCUUUACUUUUCUCAGUUUCCAUGUUUUAAAAAAAAACAGAACAAAGAAACUAAGUAGCUACAUUUAAAUGUGCAUGAGUAGAAAAUUGAUCAAAUCUUUCUUUUUGUUUGUUUUUAUUCUCUUUUCUUUUAGACAUUUUAGCCUCAUUUUAA